GCAUUCGUGUCGACGCCGUGCAUGAUGCCGCUCGGACGUAUUCGUAAAGUGCAGCACCACCAUCGUAACAGCCAGAUCACCAACUUCGGCGUGUAGCCGCCCUGAGCCAAAUGAACUCCCCAGCGCCCGGAACAUGAUAUAGAGCCUUGCAGUCCCUCCGCGACCGACCACUCGCCCACAUCGAACCCCGCGCCCGCCGUCUGACCUGGCACGAGCACCCGCGCCUCGACGCACCCCCGCGGCGCAAUCAUGAGCGACUAUUCCAUGUACCACGCCCAAGCCCAGGGCUCGCCAAAUCCCAACGCGCCGCCGCGCAAGGACGACCCCACAAGAUGGCGCCCGCCCGUCGCUGGGAGCCCCGCCAGCUACCAGCAGGGCGGCAGUCCAUACUUACAAGCCGGAGCUCCGCAGUUUGGCUCGCCGGCGCAACCGCAGCCGCCCGCGCAGCAGGAGGGCUAUUUCCCGCCUCAGGCGAGCCCGCUGAUCGACCGAGCCGGUUCGUUUCAGAGCGACCCGCACGCGAACAUGCUGGCAACGCAGAUGGGCACAAUGGCGCUGGGCGGCGACGCGCCACCAGACCACCGCCGCAAGAAGAAGGACAGACACGCCUACCACAACCUUGAGGGGCCGGGCGCGAGUGCUGAGUCGCCCAAUGGCAUGAACUUCAGUCCGCAGGUCGGCGCGCCGCAGUGGCAGGAGCCGGAGAUCACGCCCGCCAUGAGCCAGUUCCCGGCUGCGACGCCGCUCUUCUCGCCGGGGCUCGCGGCCUCGCCCAUGCAGCACGCUGCCCGCGCACACACGCCGCAGCCCGGCACCGCUGUCCAGGGCUCGGCGCAGGGCAAGGUCGACCCCGAGCAGAUCCCGAGCAUCCCCAAGUCGCGCGAUGCGCCCGCCAAGUACUACCUUGAGCACAUCUACCCGACCAUGGAGCACCACAUCCCGCCGCCCGCCACCGUGCCCUUUGUCGCCUACGACCAGGGCAACUCGUCGCCCAAGUUCGCCCGUCUGACGCUCAACAACAUCCCCACGUCCGCAGACGCCCUCGCCGCCACAGCUCUGCCACUCGGCCUGAUAUUACAGCCGCUGGCCCCGCUGCAGGACGGAGAGACGCCGGUGCCGGUGCUGGACUUUGGCGAGACUGGCCCGCCACGUUGCAGGAGAUGUCGCGCCUACAUCAACCCCUUCAUGCAGUUCAAGGCUGGCGGCAACAAGCUCGUGUGCAACAUGUGCACUUUCCCCAAUGAUGUGCCUGGAGAGUACUUCUCACCUACCGACGCCAACGGUAUCCGUGUCGACAGACUUCAGCGGCCGGAGCUGAUGCUCGGUACCGUUGACUACGUGGUGCCGAAGGAGUACUGGGGCCAGAAAGAGCCCGUUGCAAUGCGAUAUCUCUUCCUGAUCGACGUGACCGCUGAGAGCGUUGAACGUGGCUUCCUCGCAGGCUUCUGCGCGGGUGUGCUCGAGGCUCUGUACGGCGAAGCGAGCGAGACCGAAUCCACAGAAAAGACCAUCAAGAUCCCACAGGGCGCGAAGGUCGGCAUUGUCUCGUACGACAAGGAGAUGCACUUCUACAACCUCAGCCCAAAGCUCACUACUGCGCAAAUGCUGGUCAUGCCGGAUCUGGAGGAGCCGUUCCUGCCCUUCACCGACGGCCUGUUUGUCGACCCUCAAGAAUCCAGGACUGUCAUUACAUCGUUGCUGUCCACUCUGCCCAAGAUGUUCCACGAGUUCAGACAUCCCGACCCGGCUCUGCUCCCCACGCUCAGCUCUGCGGUGGCGGCUUUGACUGCCACGGGCGGAAAGAUUGUUUGCUCGCUGGGCGCUCUGCCCACAUUCGGUCCGGGAAAGCUCUUCAUGCGAGAUGAUGGCAAUGUACACAACACUGAUGCCGAGAGGAAGCUCUUGAAGACGGAGCAUCCUGGCUUCACAUCGGUGGCGAAGAAGAUGGUGGAGAAUGGCAUUGGCUGUGACUUCUUCCUGGCUGCGCCCAGUGGUGGGUAUCUAGACAUUGCAACAAUAGGCCAUGUAUCUGCAACCACCGGCGGCGAGGUCUUCUACUACCCCAACUUCCACUCACCACGAGACAACCUCAAGCUGUCAAAGGAGAUCACACAUACCGUUACGCGGGAAACCGGUUAUCAAGCGCUGAUGAAGGUUCGAUGCUCAAACGGUCUGCAGGUCUCGGGGUAUCAUGGAAACUACUACCACCAGAGCUUCGGUGCAGACCUUGAGUUCGGCACCAUCGAUGCGGACAAGGCCAUUGGUGUCCUCUUCAGCUACGAUGGCAAACUGGACCCCAAGUUAGACGCGCACUUCCAGAGCGCCCUGCUGUACACAACAGCUAGCGGCGAGCGCCGCGUCCGUUGCAGCAACAUGGUCGCGAGUGUCAGUCAAAGUGCCGGCGAGUGUAUGAAAUUCGUCGACCAAGACGCUGUCAUCAGCAUCAUCGCUAAAGAAGCCUGCGCCCGCAUGACAGAAAAGAGCCUCAAGGACAUCCGCGGCGCACUGUCAGAAAAGACAGUCGACAUCCUCGCCGGGUACAGGAAGAACUUCACUGGGAAUAGUCCGCCCGGCCAGCUCGUCCUCCCGGAGAACCUCAAGGAGUUUUCCAUGUACAUGCUCGGCUUGAUGAAAUCGCGCGCCUUCAAGGCCGGCAAAGAACCCACCGACCGCCGCGUCCACGACAUGCGCCUCAUCCGCUCCAUGGGCCCCCUCGAACUCUCCCUCUACCUCUACCCCCGCGUCAUCGCAGUGCACUCGCUCGACCCCGCAGACGGCUUCGCCAACGAAAACGGGCAUCUGCGCAUGCCCCCCGGCGUCCGCGCCUCGUUCUCCAAAGUCGACGAGGGCGGCGUCUACAUCGUCGACAACGGCCAGAUCUGCCUGCUCUGGAUCCACCAGCACGUGUCGCCCAACCUGCUCGUCGACCUGUUCGGCCCCGGCGCCGACUCGCUCAAGGCCCUCGACCCGUUCGCGUCGUCGCUGCCGGUGCUGGACACGCACCUCAACGCCCAGGUGCGCAAUAUCCUGCAGUACCUCGAGGGCAGCCGCGCGUCCAAGGCGCUCACGGUGCAGCUCGCGCGCCAGGGCCUCGACGGCGCCGAGUACGAGUUCGCGCGCCUGCUGUACGAGGACCGCAACAACGAGGCCCAGAGCUAUGUCGACUGGCUGGUGCACGUGCACCGGCAUAUCCAGCUGGAGCUCGCCGGCCAGCGCAAGAAGAACGACGACAGCGAUACCGCCGUCGGCAGCCAGUUUGUCGGGCUGCGCACGUCGUACUGGGGGUAGCAGGUACAUAGCUAUGCGGAGGAGGGUAGAUGGGAGCGCAAGACAGGGAACAUGGUUGCAUACACUAGCGAUAGCACGAUUCGGCGGGGAAUUCUAUGCCUGCUUUGCACUCGUCCGUCGUACCUCGACUCCCCU